AUGGCACGAAGCCGUUCGACAUCAGGGCCGAUGGCCGCCUAUGCAUUAGAUGUGGUCAUCUUGGCCACAUCUCGAAACACCGCAUGGACGAAGUGCUCCCUGCUUGGGAGCAAGCUUACCUCAAGGAGAUCGUCUUUUGGCAACCCACCACAAGUAAGCUUUGCUGCGGCAGGCUUCGGUGACUACGAUAGCAACACCCUCCCUUAUGGCAACAGUUACUCCAGUUCGUCGAAGGCUUCCACAAUCUACACUCCAUCGUCAUCAAGCACACCUUCGGGGUCCUUUGCUAGUCCAGUGAACUCAGUCCAUUUCGGCAUAGUAGGCUUGUCUGAUGCCCUUGAUUGCAACGGUGUUGAAGCAAAGAUUGGUGAGCGCUCCGGACCUAACAAGAGAGCUCAUGUCGAGGAGCCUUUGCCACAAGCGCCCCAGCAGCAGCCGCAAGCACCUCAACCACCACAACAGCCAUUUCAGUUCCAGGCUGAGGAGCGUACCAAUCGCAAAGGACAGAAGCGUUAUGACACCCCGAUCUCUAUUCGCCAUGUGCUACAAAACAACAAGCUCGAUAUUUCGUGGAUGGAUUUCAUAGCAUGGUCUCCCGCAGUAUGCAAGGAACUCAAGCGUCUGUGUACACGUGUGCCGAAGAAGCGUCUGCCAAAGGCUUCACAGCAACCACAAGCACAAGCAGGAAGUCUUCCGCAAUUCAACUUCCGGAUGCCUCAGUUCACCCAGCCCAUGCCCGCCUUCCCGCAGCCCAUGCCUGCUUACAUGAUGCCACCGCAAGCAUGGCAACCCACGAUGACUGGUGCGGUGCAGAACCCCCAGACCAAUGUGAAUCAAGGGCCUGCUACACAGCAGUCCACGCAGCAGCCAUCGCCACAGACCCUCCCAGGCUCGCAGUCCAUCACAUCAUUUCGUGUAGCAGCGGCACAAGCCGAGCGUCACACCCGCCAGCUGUCUGCUAUGAUAGCUGUUGAAAAAGCUUUCCGCAUUCCUUCUACCAUCUUCAAACCUGAAGGUACUACUAUGCUGCUAGAGAAGAAGUACACCCAAGGAGAUCAGGGCUCGGAUAUGAAUGUUGUCUCUAUGGGGUUGGUACGUUUCCUUGGUUUGCAACUCCGCUUGCUUGAGGAAGUCGGUUUCAAAGGCCUAUCUAUGCGUACUGCAGACCACCGAGAGACUGUGCUAGAGUACUGA